UCGCUGAGAAGCAGAGACACGUACGGCGGUGAGUCACCGGGAAAACAACCGGCAAACGGCAACUAACGGACCGGAGACACACUGACAGACACGGUUAGCUUCUGUUAGUUUCUGUUAGCAUGUUUUUAGCUGCUGUUAGCUCCUGUUAGCGCCUGUUAGCUCUUCAGAAGGAGAGACGACACCAGACUGUUAAUGAGACUGAUGAUGGAGAGCAACCACCGCAGUGUUGCUGCAACCUGACAGAGCAACUUCAUCUACAGCAACUACAAGUAUGGCAACUGCAACUAGCAACCAGACUGUUCAUGUUUGAUGACAAUUAUGUUGCUUCAACCUGACAGCUUACACAGAACCUGCAACUAAAGCAACCAGAGCUCAACUGCAGUGUUGUUGCAAUUUAAUGUGAGGAAGAAGCAACUACACUUACUGCAACGUCACCUACUGCAACCAAAACCACAGGAACUAAAGUACAAACUACUAUUAUAAACUUCAGCAACUAAGGCUACAGGAACUUGAGCUACAGCAACCUAAACUACUAAACUAAAGCUGAAGCAACUUGGCCACCAUGUUGCUUUGGUCAGAGGGAAGUACAGAAACUACAUGAAAAGCAACUAGCAACUGACUAGCAACUUGACAUUUUGUUGAUGUCAAAACAGCAACUCCAUCAAUGUAACCCUCUUCAUCAGCAGUGAAUCAGCUGAUCAAACCAUGUGAUCACAUCUCUUUCAUCUGAUUGGCUCGUCUGAGGUCCAGCACAGUUGGCGUACUCUUAGACUGUCGGAUUGAUCAGCUGAUCUGAAGUCAGUCAGCUGACAGGCUGAGUGAAGCCCCGCCCACCGCCGCCCUGCUUCCUGGUUCAGGUGAAAACAACAGCCAAUAGGAAUGAGCCUGCUGAAGGAGGCUGAGCCUGGCCGGGAGAUGGAAGCCAAGGUGCAGACCUGGGCUCAGUCUCUGGUUUACACUCUGGAGGAGCUGGAGUGUAAAAUCUGCUACAACCGCUACGACACUCGCAGCCGUAAACCCAAAGUUCUGGGCUGCCUGCACCGAGUCUGUGCCAAGUGUCUGAAGAAGAUGGUCGACAUGGGAGAGUCUUCGCCGUCCGUCAUCAGCUGUCCGUUCUGCCGCCACGAGACCAACGUCCCCGACGAGGAGGUGUGGUUGAUGGAGGACGACCGACACAUCCUGGCUGUUCUGUCGUGUCAGGACCGAGCCCGCCGAGGAGGAGGAGGAGGAGGAGGAGGAGGCGGAGGAGGAGGAGGAGGCGGAGGCGGAGGAGGAGGAGGAGGAGGAGGAGGAGGGCGUGAGGUGGUGCUCAGUCCCAGCAGUCUGACCGGAGGCGUCGUGUCUCCCUGCUCCUCAGACUGUCUGGUGAUCACCAUCAUGGAGCUCCCUGCAGACUCCCCGUCCUCUGAGUCCCUAAGCAUGGUGGAUGUGGUUGGGGUCUACCGCCCCCCCAGCCUGGAGUCCCUGCCCUGCAGCCUGCCGGCUCACAAGUGUCACGCCUGGACGUCUCGCAGUUUCCCGCGCUGCCUGCUAGGGGCGCUGUGUCUGGUGUACUUCAGCUCUCUGCCUCUGGGGAUCUACCUGCUGAUGAUCGGGCGGCUGUGGCUCGGCGUGGUGCUCGUCAGUCUGGUUCCCUCCACGCUGCUGCUGCUCGUGCUCUACGGCUUCUGUCAGUGUUUGUGCCAUGAGCUGAUGGAGGCGCUGGCAACACGCCGACACACAUAACAAACACAUCGCCAAGACAACAACACAGCUGCCAUGGCAACAACAACCGAAAACAACGAACCACACACUGUUUAUAACCGGCUGACCUGACGUAACACUUCGGUUUGUGGACUACGGUUUUGAAGCCUUGAGUUUAGCGCUUUCACUGUGGCCAUCUUGAUCUUUUGUCGUCAGCCUCUUGUUUAUUGGAAUCAGCAUUCAAAUGUAAAUGCUAACAUCGAUGAAGUGAGAACCGAACUGUGAAAGGGUUAAAGUUGUGAGAUGAAAACAUGAACAACACUGUAGUAACCACAGGUAGCCCCGCCCUGAAGCAUACGCUGCUUCAUCGUCUAUUCUACUCUAAACGGGACCAUAACUCACUAAAUGAACAUCAUGCUGUGUUGAAGAAGACAGAAGUAGAUACUAAAACAUUCACUCAUCAGAAAAAUGACCUACAAUUGACAUAGACUUCUAUACAAUAAAUAAAGAGAGAAGUAGAGACAAUUUCUCAUAGACUUCUCUACAA